CUACAGGUUUAAAGGACGUAGGAUUUAUUUAUUGAAAGAGUUGGAGAUUGGAUUACUGAAACCAAUGAUGAUGUUGCAAUAAGCUCGUGUCGCAUCCAUGCGUUUGGUGUAAUUAUUUUUGUUACAAAGCCUUGUAUUUUAUUGGAAUAAUACACUGGUCUUUAAAAACUUAGUAUUAUUACGCAGCUUAAGUUCUGAAGCUAUCCUUAUGUCUUAUUUAUUUAGUAAUAACAAUUUAUGGACAAACGUGCAUACAUCUAAUUAUAUUUCACAAACCAUUAUAUAUAACGCAAAUUAAUCUAAUAAAAAGUUUACAGUAUGGAGUUUGACGGUAUUGACGGUUUUGAACAAUACAGCUCAAAUAUAACGAGUGACGUUGUCUUGAACAUGACCAACCAGUCAACACAGAACUGUGAUUUGAAUGACAAGUGUAUGCCAAUGGAUGUCUACAUUGAUUACAUGUUCACGGAGGGAAUAUACCCGGAUACUGGAAAAUGGUUCCUGAUUAUCGCAUAUAUAAUAUCUUUUGUAGUCGGACUUAUCGGCAAUACCCUUGUAUGUGUUGUCAUAUGGCGCAACAGAGGCAUGCGGACGGUGACGAACAUUUUCAUUGUCAAUCUUGCCAUCGCAGAUAUCGCAGUUUUGAUUAUGUGUCUUCCGAUGACAUUGCUCGUUGACGUCACAUGUACAUGGUUUUUUGGUGAUGUCGUAUGUAAAGUAAACCAAUUUACAAUGACUUCGUCGAUAUCUGUAUCCGUUCUUACACUUACGGCAAUAUCAUUAGAACGUUGGUACGCCAUCUGCCAUCCGUUACGUUUCCAUAGCUCCGUAAGACGCGCUCGUAUCAUUAUCAUUGUCAUAUGGAUUGCCUCGGCCUGCAUCGCAAUGCCUGAAACCAUUGCUGCAAGAACUGAAAAGGAAUGGCCACAAGAAAUACUGUUUACACGUUGCUAUCCAAUUGAUCUUGGUAACCAGGGUCUGAUGAUCUGGCAGUUCGUACUCAUUGCUGCCCUUUAUUGUGUCCCUAUCAGCCUUAUGGGUUUCACCUAUUCCAACAUCGCCUUUAUCCUGUGUACGAGGCGGAUACCAAGAGAAUCGCACACUCGUGCUCCGAUGUUGAAUGACAGGACUGGAAAUGGCAACGAUGUUCAAAUUGAAUCACGCAAGAAAGCUGCAAAGAUGCUGUUUGCCAUCGUUGUUCUUUUCGCCGUUUGUUUCUUUCCGAACCAUCUGUUAAACGUUUUACGGUACGCUGGCGUGACGGAACAUGCGAAAGGUAUAGAAAACUUUGCGCUUGUAGCACAUCUGGCGAUCUUCUUAAACAGCUGCCUAAAUCCCAUCAUUUACAAUUUUAUGAGCGACAAGUUCCGGAAAGAAUUCCGUACUCAAAUACAGCACUGCUUCCGAUGCUACACGCCGGAUCAGCGCUUUAGAUCGACGUUCCCCAAUGAUUACAGGGUGACAUUUAGUGUCGGCAAUAACAUGAAUAUCAACAUGACACACUCAACAACGGCGGUGUCGGAAGUCGUGCCAUCAUGAAAUAAGACAAUAAUUAUUGAUGCUUUAUUCGAUGUUGCUUUUAUAAGUAGUAUGGUAAGAAAGCGAAAUUAACACAAUUAUAUAUGGGUUACAUUAUGUCAUAAGCUCUUAAGAAUGCUUUACAAAUUUUAUAUUUAUUUGUUCCUUAUAUGGUCAUUUGUUGUAAAUUACACCCGUCAAAACGUAAUUAAUUCUAUAUUAUUCUUAUACAACAAGAGUAAAUAGAUCUAUGUGCAUGUUUCUAUAUGAUAUGUUUGUAUAUAUUAUUUAAUAUGUAAACACUUUUUUCCCCACAAUAUAAAGACGAGUUUUAAAACACUUAAAAAUCAGUUUGUCCUUGUAAGCACUUUUUUACCAACAAUAAAGUAUAUAUUAUCUUUAAGAAAACAAGUCAACCUGAUCAGAGAAAAGAAGCUCCUAGCGGAAUUAACCAGUAAAAAGAAAAUUAUAUCAACGUCUUGCUUAUUGCUGUGCAAGUGUUCGAUUGUGCAAUCAUGUGCUUUUGUUAACCACUAAAUAUUUAAUCCGAU